CUUCUGUGGAACGCAUACUACACACGUGCAUGCGGCUCACAGAGAGACUUCUACGUCAUCACGCUGUUGCCGCAAGAAAAUGUCUACAUCACGAUCCAACUCAUUGGAGUUUACACAAGCUCGAAAGAAUGUACACAGAUCCUUUGGAGACAGGCAUCUUUCAUUUGACCCAGCAAUUCAAGCCAACACUCUGCAAAAAGAAGAUGCUUUAAAUGAUUUCCCAUCUCAAGCGUCAUACAAGAGAACUGCAGGAAAUGAGCAAAAGCUUGAGCAACUUCAAAAAGAAAAUGUCAAACUGAAGCAAGAACUUGAAGACUUAAGACACCAACAUAACCAGCUGCUAGAGGAGAGUAAGUACGAAUGUUUCGAUGAACGACGUGUCAAUCUUUUGAAAGCUCAGGUGAUACAGUUGGAAAGGCAGGUGAUGUUGCUGACUGAAGGACUGAAUUCUAGAGCUUCUCUGUUGCUUGAAGUAGAUAAUUCUCUACAGCCAAUUCUGGAAAAGUUACGAUGUUUGCUCGCCAGUGAAAAUCAUUCAGCAGAUGUACCAGUCAGUCGAGCUGAAUUAAUAAGAAUGAUUGAAAUAUGCAAAGCCACGAGUGACAAACUACACCAGAAUCAUCAGGCAACUAGUGUUGAUAAUCUUGCACUAAUGUGGAUACUGUCUGAGAAACAAGCAACAAAAAGCACAGUGACCCUCUUGGACCUUUGCUUUGGAAAGCUGGAGAAUCUUAAUCUACUUUAUGUGAGUGCACUUGAGGGAAAACUCUGCACACUAUUCAGACAGUUACAUGCUACAAAGGAGACACUGAGCCUUAUUCUAUCCCCUGGAAAAGAGGUUCCGGAUUCAGCUUACCAUAUACUGCCAAAAGUGAUCUAUGCUCGCUUAAUGAAUCAUUUGACAGUGUGUAGUCAGUAUGUGGAGGACUGUUCCAAAGAUUUACUAACAAUGACUCUGAUUGUGCCAUCUGCACCAUGGGCAAAAAUGGCACCUGUAGUGAGCCAUGAAUUUACUGUGGAGAAUGUACUGGCAGCUCUGCCUGCCCUACCCAAGGGUGCGCCCCAGCAACGGGCAAAGCGAGCAGCAGAAGCACUUGUGAAAGCUGCAAGUUAUUCCAGAUUAAUGGCACUGCAACAGAUACAUGCAUUGGAAGCAGAACUUGAUUUUCACCGAAGUAUUUACAGCCUGCAGGUUCAGUAUACUGAGGCUCUAUUUCAAGGGAUUAAACAAGCCUACCACAGUUUUCAAGAAAAUGUUGCUUCUGUUGUUUGUUGUCCAUUAAAAGAAGUUCUUACUUCAUAUGCAGAACUUAAAAGUGAAGCAUCUGAAACAGCUUUGAGAAAUUUCUUGACAAUUUUCAAAAGCAACGUGGAACAAAUUCAAGAUGCAGUUGACACUUUGACUCCAUCAAAGACUCAGCAGCAUGAAGGUGAUGAGGCCCUUUCAAAAUUAGGCAAAGACUUCUUCCUUGCGUUGGAGCAAUCGCUCAAAACCUGCGGAGAACAAAGAGAUAAAUCUGCUUAUGAGAUAAAAAAGCUAAAAGAUGAGCUGGAUCAGUCCCUAGAAACGCUAAAUAACCUGAGGAAGGAACGGAAAGAACGAGGAGGUUCUUCCAAAAACUCUGUAAAGUCUGAAGCAGGAAGUGAUGAAAAAGCAAAAAUGACUUCAGCUGAUCAAGAGGAGAAAUCAGAUGUUCUUGCCGAGAAUGUUGAGCACAGAAGCAAACAUAGCCAGCCAGUUGCCUCUAGUAAGGAAACGCAACUGUGUAAACAUGAGUCUUUGCAGAUAAAGCAAGGUUCUGGGAAAGAGCAUAACCAAAGAAGUAAAAGUCUUCAGAGAAGUAAGAGUGUUAAAUAUCCAGCACGUCCUCCCUGGCAAGACUGAAUCAAAUGCAGUAUAAAUGAUAUGCAUUAGCACAACGUAAUCAGAAUAUUAGCAAGCAGGAAUACAUCUAUUAAGAGAAAAUACAUUUUCAAUGAGGCUUUCUUCUUCAGGAUCCAAGAGGCCUUUUGUUAAAAUGUCAGUUCAUGUAUGAAAAUCUAUAGAGAGCCUGUUUAGUAUUCUUUUUGUUUCAGUUUACAUUUCACAGCAAAUAGUUACCAGAUUAACUAACUAGUUUUUAAUUAACUUGAAAACCAAGUCAACUGCAGAUGAUUGUACUUCAGACAAGAACCCCUUUGCAUCUCACCUUUACUAUAAUUUCAUUCAUUCUGAAUUUCAUAGAAAAAACUAAAAGAAAGCCAAGGUGAUUACACCAAUACAACGUGCUGUUAGUGUGAUUUAUGUCAUAGUACUGGAUAGCUAUUAGUGUAAGAAUUACUCCUAUUAAAGAGCAAAGGAAGGAGUUUAGAGACAAACAUGAAACCCAGAAUCCUUUUGUUCUUAACACAUCCAAACCCAUUAUAAAGGCAUUUAAAAAUCCCAGCUGUCAAUCAUAUAUUGCCUUUUACUUUUACUUUCCAUUCAGCACUCACUUUCCCUCCUCCUUCCUCAUCUAAUUGUGUAUCCUGUGCAUGGACAUGUGCAUUAGGUCCCCCAUUCUGGCACAUAAACAAUAUAUUGAGGUGCUACAAAGCUUGCCUUAAUAACAGUGCCGACAAAAUGGCACCUGCCUGCUGGCUGUGAUUGUAUAAUUACAAGACUGAAGGAAAUACGAUUUAUAUUAUUUAUAUAGUGUAAGUGAAGUUUAUUUUGCCUGACAAACACAAUAGAGAAGAAUUUGAAAUUAUAUUUGGGUGACAGGUUCCCUUUAAAGUGGAGUUAGAGGUGCCAGCUAAUGAUAAAAAAAACAAAAAACAUCUCCAGACCUAAUGUUUUUGCACUUUAAUAUCAACAGUAGUGAGGUUAUAGGUUUGAAUUAUAUUGAAAUAAUUGAUAAACUGACAAUCUGUUUUCUAUAAGCUAAAUAGUUGGACUUCAUAAAAAAAUAGUAUAUUCAGUAUUCAGUAAUAGAAAAUAGUAAAUUAUUUUUCUAUCUGUAUCUAUUUUUGGUUAAACACAGUAAAAAAAAAAAAAAAGUAUAAGUAUUUCUAUUCUUGUGUUUAAAGUAUAUCUUUGAAUGAAUGUAAAUCAAGAGUUUGAAAUGUAAUUAAUUUCCAUCAUGGUUAACAGUAAAGGAGAUGUGUGAUUGGUGUGCAUGUGUGUAUAUGCAUAAAUGUUACCAUUUAUAUUUAUAUAUAUAUACAGGUUUUGAGCUUCUUCUCCGGCAAGCCUCGGGUCCCAUGCCUUCCAUAUAUGUGUUUUAUACCUUUAUUUAUUAUUGUGUGUGCAUAUGUGUACAUAUACUGUGAACAUAAUAAAAUAUUUGUUCUCAUUAUCCAAAUAGAGAUGAGUUUUGAUGCCUAGUAUAGUCUCAGCCAAGGGGUAUAUGUGCCACAAAUACUUCACUCACAUCCACACCAGGAAGUAAAUACAAUAACUUGACUUGGAAACUAGAACCUAUAUGGUAAACAGUCAGAAUAAACCAAACAGUAUAGCAGAAUAUUUUGUUUACUCAAAGCUAAAGUCAAAUAUAUACUUACAAAUAUAUGGGUAAGCUUUAUAAAUUGACCCUGAACUAAUGUGAACCUUUGUACUUUGCCUUUACAGCAACUAUAUAAAGCCAUGUUAAUACAGUUCUUUGUUCUUAAUAAGUUUCUUAAGUUCCCAUCUCCUGGGCCCUGAUGGGAAUGAAACUGACCAAAGUUAGGCUGGAAGGGGAGCUGUUAAGCCAGCUCGGCUCUUUGCAGUGUGAUAUUUGUAACUAUACCUGUGCUUCCUAUUGCUACUGAUAAGCACAGUAAACAAUAGGAGCUCAACGUUCUUCCCCCAAAAAGGAGGUGUUUACUCAAGGAACAUUACUGUACCCUUCAGGGAACUUGCGGGGACUUGUCACAAGCCAAGCACCUGUGUAGUAGUUUUGGAGUUUAUUAUAUUUGUAAUUGAAAACUGUUUAAUCAUUUUGUUAUACAAGUAUUAACAGUAUGAAAAUAUUUGGGUAAUCUUUAUUCAUAAAUUUUAAUAAAAUUAAAUUUAUUUCUGUU